GGAAUUUGUCGUCUAGUCAAACUUUAGCUACAAUCGCGUGUGGUUGCAUUGCACACCUCUAACCGGCACAUCACAACGGGGUUAAUUCGGUCAUCAAAAAAUUGCAACAACUGCUGUAAGAAGAAGCAUCAACCAGCCAAGUGUUUAGUGAGUGGGCUUUGGUGAACCGUAGCAGUGCAGAAACAAUAAAAAUGGCCAACAACAUCGGUUUUGCGUCCCAUCGUAGGCUUAAGGAAAAGAAACAACCACCAACGCACCAACCUGCUGGCUUCGUAGUAGACGCUUCUGUGGCUCACCCACCAAACGACGCUGUUGAUGAUGGCAAUCAGCCUCCUCAGCAAUCGGUUGAUCAGCAUGAACAAAAUCCUGGUGCUGUAUCUAACCCGGCCAUUAUCAGCAGCCCGACUGCUGAAAGUCCGAAAAGUAAGCAAGAAACCGGUUGCGUCGGGAUCGUGGAAGAAAAGAUCACCAGCCGUUGCUGGUUCGAAGAACUCAACACCGAAGACAAAUUGGAGUACCAGUUCUUCCCGGUCAGCAAAGGAGUGGUCAACUUCAAGGUUCGCGCUCCGAACGAUGCCCAUCUGGCGCUGACCAGCGGCCCAGCAGAAUCCGAACCCAUGCUGGAGGUGUUCAUCGGAGGCUGGAAGAACACCAAAUCGGUCAUCCGGAAGAACCGCGCCAAGCCGGACGUGUGCGAGGUCGACACUCCGGACAUUUUGAACGCGGGCGAGUUCCGGGGAUUCUGGGUCAAGUGGAUGGAUAAUGUAAUCACCGUUGGCAUGGAGGGAGCCGCCGCUGCAUUCCUGUCCUACGAAAAUCCGGAUGCGUAUGACAUCAACUACGUCGGCGUGUGCACCGGAUGGGGAGCAAAUGGAUCGUGGAUCAUUGAACAGAACGAACCGGAACCGUCGGCUCCGGUAGCAGCGGCCCUGGUAUCGUCCAAUGCGGCUUGCUGGAUUCCAGCGGCCAACGGAGAAGUUCCUCCGAAUGCUGUCGUCGGAGGAGCGGACGGCGAAGACAUGUACAUUGCACGUGCCCAGCACGAGGGAGCCAUUAUUCCGGGCAAGCUGGUUCCUUCGCAUGGAGUAGCGUACGUAGCUUGGGGUGGAGUGGAGAACCCCAAAGAGGAAUACGAAGUGCUGUGCGAUGGAAACGGAGUAUUUGUGCCGACCAGCGGUGGAGAAAUCCCUCCAAAUGCCAUUCCAGCGGGCGAAAGUGAAGAUGGGGAGCCUCUCUUUAUUGGGCGUGUUUCGCACGAGGGCACUAUGACGGUUGGCAAGGUCCAACAGUCGCAUGGAGUGUGCUACAUUCCCUAUGGCGGACAGGAGAUGGCUUUCGCCGAGUAUGAGAUCUAUGUUAGCCAGUAGACAUCGCCAGUUCGUCCACUAUAGUAAAACUGGUUUGUGUCAACCGGAUGCCUUAAUGCCAAGCAAUAGGGCCUUUAUGCUUGUCAGACUUUGGAAAGAAAUUUCGCUAGUACGAAAGCUGUAACCACAGAUGCCUGCACAACUUAUUUAUUGUUGAAAUGUAAUGUAAUUUAACUCGGUUUUAUAAUAAAAUCACUUGCUUCCACAGAAUGCUACCUGCAUAAAUCGA